UGACAGUGAGUAAACAAACGUUCCACAGAGGAGGACACUUCACGCGUAAAAAAUCUAGUGAUAUAAAGUAAUGGUGCAAGAUGUUCGGUUUUUCGGGACGUAAAGAUGACAAGUCUAAGCAGCAGAAGAGAGGACAAGGCCGUAAAGGUGGAAAUUUGUCGCAGUUUGGCCUAAUGGAAGUGCCUGAUAUGGACAACCUAACCAUUGGAGCAGAUGACGAUGAUGACGAUGGAGAUUUGGAGGCAGAGCUUCUUGCCCUCACAGGAGGAGAAAGGAAACCUAAGAAAGCUCCCAAAAAGAUUGUUUCCCCACAUGAGCUCGACAAAAUGGUGAAUGAGUGCAUGCGUGAGGACUACGAUGACGAGCUCUCAGACGAGGAUGACCCAGAGCUGAUGGCUGAGUUAUCUGCCCUGAGCUCCCAAGGUGGCGAUGAUGAACCAGCCAAGCCAUCCCCUCCCCCCACAGCCCCCUCCCAGCCUCCACCCAGCAACAGCUACCGUAACCCAGAGCCGAGGGGGCACAGGCCUGCUCCCAUGACAGGGGGAAGCAACCUAGUGAACUUGCUGGCGGAGAGGGUGGCCAUGUACGAAGAAGCAGAAGCUAAUGCCAAGGCCUGUGGGGAGACUUCAAGAGCGCGGAGGUUCAACCGAGGGCUAAAAUCACUACACCAGAUGCAGAGGGCAGUCAAAGCGGGCCAGACUAUCAACGAAGAAGACAUCCCCCCUGUGGUUGUUGUGAAACACUGUGCCAAAUCAGGGGGUUCUGGCACUCCAACAUCAACACCUUCUCCUGCUGCUACAUCUCCUACAGAGGAUGCUGCACCCCCUCCAGUCCCCCCUCACAACAGGAAUUCCUCAGCUUCUCUGGUCCAUGAGGUAGCCUUUCAUGACCCAAGAUAUCCCACUCCCCGUGUGUCUACGAGGACAAGUCCGGUGAAACAGGAUUCCUCCUCCAACACCACCAACCGGCCUGCGCCCCCUCCCCCACGCACAACGCCUCCCUCUGGCCCCCCCCUCCAGCGCUCGAUGUCCUCGUCCGGACCCGCAAGUGCAGUGAGGACACGCCACACUGAAUACAAGAUGGCUGCCCUCGAAGCCAAGAAAAAAGGAGACAAAGAGUCGGCCAUCAUGUACAUGAGGAUAAUGAAGCAGCUGGAACCCAUGCUGAGCGCAGCUGAGAGCGGACAGGCUGUGGACCUCACGACUCUGCCUGGGCCGCCUGGGACGUUUGUGUUGCAGGCCUCGCCACAGCCCAAGCCUCAGCCAGAGACAGUGUCAACACAACCAGUGACUCAGGAUAAUGCCCCUGCCACUGAACCUGUUGAUGCUGCCCCUGCUAGUGCCCCUGCUAGUGCCCCUGAUGGUCCUGCAGCUCCAACAACUGUCUUGGAGGCUUUGGAACAACGAUUAGCAAAGUAUGCUGAACAACGAGACAAGGCAAAGAAUGAAGGAAAUGCCCGCAAGGAACGCAUGAACCAGCGCAUCAUGAAGCAGUUUCAGGAUGCAAUUAAGUGUCACAAAGCUGGCAAACCUGUGCCAUUUGAUGAGCUGCCUUGUCCUCCUGGCUUCCCUCCUAUCCCAGUUGGUGACAGCAAGCCACCACCUGCUGCAUCUGAAACAGCUGCACCUCAGGCAGAUCCUAGCACAGGUGGACCUCCAGCCGCUAAACAGCCAAGACCAGAUGCUGCUCAAGCUGCUGAGGAGAGUAAAAAGACAGCACCAACACCAAAUGUCCGCAAGGCACCUCAGUCUCGCGUAGAAAAGCAAUUGGCUUUCCUCAUUAAGAGACAGAAUCAGUUCAAGCAAGCUGCCCUGGAAGCGAAGAAACGUGGAGAGAUUGAGCAAGCCAAGGAAUACCUUCGGAUGAGCAAGGGCUUCAACCAGCUUAUUGAGGCUACUCGAAGCGGUCUGCCUAUUGAUAUGAACACUGUGCCAGUUCCACCUCAAGAGCAGAUUUCUGCAACUAGCAAUAUAGACUUCGAACUGGUGGAUGCAGAAGAUUGCGUCGUUGCUCCAGCCAGCGUCAGUGGAGAUGCAGCGCUAACUUAUGCCAAGCUCGAAGAGGAUCUUAUUGCUCAGAUAAAAAUGUGUGCUCAGACCCGUGAACAUUUCAAAGCAACAGGAGACGUUGCAAGUGCAAAUAGAUUUGAGCAGUUGAUACUUCACACCAAAAAGGAUUUAGAUGCAGUGAGAGCGGCAUGUAAGAGAGGAGACACAAUACCACGUUUCCAUUACGAAAAUAGGUCCUUUACUAUAGUGCAAUGUAACACGGACUUGAAUGAUUCCGAUUGUGAGGCUUGUGUGCUGAGGGGAGUCAACUUUAAUGUCCAAAACCCCAAGGAUGUAGAUACAUAUGUAAAGCUAGAGUUCCCAUAUCCAUCUGACAACCCUCCCCAAGAUCGUUCCAAUGUGGUAAAGGACACAAACAAUCCAGAAUACAACCACAAGGUAGUCUUUAGUAUCGACCGCAAGGCAAGGGCCCUUGCCCGUGUGUUCAAGAGGCAUGCUCUCAAGGUCCAGGUGUGGGCUAAGGGUGGUUGGUUCCACCGUGAUACGAUGUUAGGCCUGGUGAAAAUACCUCUGGUAGACUUGGAAACAAAGUGCACCAUACAUGAGUCUUAUGAUUUGACUGAUGAGAAGAAACGUAUGGUUGGUGGGAAGCUAGAGGUAAAAGUCCGUGUUAGGAAUCCUAUUGUAGCGAAACAGCUCGAAAAGGUUACUGAGAAAUGGUUGGUCAUUGAUGGAUUUUGAGAGAAACAUUAGGUUAAUGGAACACUUUUGCAAUGUUUUUUUCUCCAUGAAGUUGAUAGGCAUUUUAAAAUUGCUCUCUUUCCUCCAAACAGGUAAAAUAUAUCUAGCUUUGAAUUGUUUUAGCAAGGAUUUUACCAAAGUUAGUUUUAUAUGACACUUAUUGCCAUUUCUUUGUACAGUUUUAUAGGUAAACAAACAUUAAAUAUUUCUCCCAAGGAACAAUGUAACUCAAAGCUUAUUUCUCAAGCAGAUUAUUUUUAAUCUGCAUUAUAGUUCCCCCAGUGCAUUUUUUUAGUCAAGCUUUAUAAUUGGUAACAGUGUUAUUCACAAAUAAAUCUAUCCUGUCAAAGCCACUGUCUCAACACACAUUAUCUUAGCUGCGUAUGAUUUAGUUUGUCACGCGAGAGGCCCUGUUACAGUAGCACUUUUUCUGUCAAUUUUUAUGUUGAUGCAUUCGGAAUGGUUUCAAUUUAAAGACAGAAUCAACCAUCUUUGUUUUGUCAAAUUUCUCUUGAUCUCUUGUGAUAUGGAGAAUCAAUACCACUUUUUAUUUUUCUUCUCCUUUUUUAUAGAUAACAUAGAAGUUCAUGUAAACCUAAUUUUAUACUUCAGAAUGUUUGUCUUUACAAUACAGUAGAUUCCUUUACAAAAUGAAAAUGCCUUUGUGAUUCCCAGACCCAUUUGCAAACAUUACAUGCUGCCUUGAAAAAUGGUUUGCUCUGCUUCAUGAUAUUUAGAGAACCUGGCUGUCUGAGUAGUUUUUUGUUUGAAUGUACUCCUUGCAUAGCUACUUUAAAUUUGUUUGCAUGGACAAUGUGUUUGUUUACUUGAGAGGGUGAUUCUGUGCUAGUCUGAUAUGGUAGGACCAUUUGCAUACACUAAGUUUAUAUGGAAGUACAAAAAUUGAUGGGGAAAAAGUGCUACUGUGAUAUGGCCUUAUUAAGAUUUGUUGCCUUUAAUUGCAACUGCCUUCAAUGUCCUGCAAAAGUAAGGAAAAAUUUCUUUGCUAACAUUGGCUUUUUGAGAUAGGAAUUGCUUUGUUUUUUGUUUGUUUCUUGAGAUAGGAUUUGCUCCAUUUUUUGUUUGUUCUUGUUUUCUUUGAAGUAUCAUAUCUGUGUGAUGUCCACGUGAUUAUGACAAGAGAAGAAAAUAUGCAUUUAAAGUUAACCAGAUAAAAUAACCACAACAUGUAAAUCAUGUGCUUGGGCCAAGUUGUAAAUAGAAUGUUCAUAGAAUUUACCAAUAAUGUUUUUAAAACCUAUUGCUUUUCUUUGGUACACAAUCAGGAAAUUCAGUAGGAGUGUGUUUACUAUAGGAUAAGUAUUUUCAUAAAAAGAUAAUCAUAUUCAUGAAAAACAAAUAUUUAUGCCAUGAAAUAAGGCAUUCAAUAUUUUAUUUGCAGUAAAGCAGACCAAAAGAUGUUUUCUUUGACUAUACCUUGCACUGUUUUAUUGAAUUGCAUUUGUUCAUCCAGGAUUUAGAAAUAUUGUUUUUGUUGUAAUUAGAAAGUGAACAUGUAUUCUACAGUGUUCACUUAAGAUCCAAAAAUUUGUAUGGAUAAAAUACAGUCUUCAUCAUAAGCCAGUUAUAGUCUUAUGGCAGAGGAACAUGCAUCCCCAAUAUUUAGUCAUGGGAUACAGUGCAUUUUGGAUGAAAUUUCCAUUUUUACUUUUAGCAGUUCUUUAUUAUCUACCUUUUGUUCUCUUUAGUUACCUCAGUUCUUGAAUUAUUUCUUUUAUCUUCUUUCUUUCUUUUUCUUUCUUUUGGUCUGUUCUCUUAGUUAUUUUUUCAAAAACUGCCAUAGGUAUUCAAUAAACUAAUAUUAAUGUUCCAUCGAUUUGCUCAGUGGAUUUGAGGAAUGGGGUUAAGAGCUUUGAACAUUCUGAAAACCCUCUGAAGCCAUCUGUUCCUGUUAGGUCUUAGCCAAGAUGGUUCCUCAGGCUACUUUCACAUGAGAGGAUAUUUACAGUAAUCAGUUGUCUAUACAGGCAGCUGCAUGUUUACUAUACAGACAACUCUGUCACUACAACUCAGUCAAGAAAAUAACAUCUAGUGAGGAGAUAGAGGUUCUUUAUAAACCCUGGUCCUGAUGGUCAUUUACAUAACUAGUAGCACUGUAUAAAAGCUCCCAUUUGAAAUAGUGCCCUAACUUGUGUAUUAGAGACUGCCAUUGACAUAUAUCGAAGCCCUCAUUUAGAACAAAGUCUUGCUCAGAGUUGUGGCAACUGAUUUCCACACUUAGUUACCACUUGUGACGAUGGCUUUAGGUUCAGAAUCUUGCCAUGCUUUGCUUUAUCUGUAACACUGUUAUGGAAUGAGGAAGUAAGUUGCAAUUACUAUGUUCCAAGUGAUUAUUCCACAUAUGCAUAAUAGAAUGUAAAGGUUAUGAAUAUUUAGUUCUUUGUUUUUGUUUGUGUUUCUGCCAAUGAUUAGUGCCAUUUUUAUUUUGUGUGGAUUUAUUUCUGUGGUAAUACUCAUGAAGGGCAAUUUUAAUCAGCAGUUUAGGCACAAAACACUGUAUCACACAAUUUGAUUUCUUCAAGACUAUAUUUUCAACCUAAUAAUAGAAGUUUUUUUGUUUUUUUUUUAGUAGAAGAAAAUAGAUAAUUAAAAGUAUGUAAAAUGAUAAUCUUCCUUAUUCCAGCAUCUUGAUUUUACAAACCUUUAAACCAUAAAGGAUAUGCAUAUGUUAAUGGAGAUAGCCAAAUUCUUUUAUUAUCUCUACUGCCAUCCUAAAAGGCAAUAUCUAACUUACGUAUUUGUAGCAAAUUAGCAUAUGAAUAGUGAUUGAUAUGAAUUGAUUUUUAUUUAUGAUUAUGAGGAAGUUCAGGGAUGAUGUCAUAAUCUAGUAUAUAUUAAUUAGGUAUUGGGGUCAAUAAGUCUGUAUUUUUAUCUUAGUCUGUCUUUCUCUUUUUUUUUUCCAAAUAAACCCAUUUUGUUCAUAUUUAGAUAGCUCCACAAAUGCUUAGCCUCCGAUGAUUCAUUUAGUAUGGCAUACAUGACUUUACCUGAGUUCACCAUUCCAUGAUUUUUUUUUUCUAAUACAAUUAAUUUCAAUACUGUGACCUCACCUGAUUUCUCCAUUCCUUAAAUUUUCUGGAUUUUUUUCCCUGAUGCAUUUGAUACUGAUAUUGUUAUUGUUAUUAUUGACAUUAUGAUUAUUAUAAAGGUAAUAAAGUAUAUUAAUCUAUCUCUCCAUAAAUCAAGGAAACGGAUAAACACGUGAAAUAAGAUUAGUAAUUGACUCCUUAGUGACUAAGCUCAUGUGGAGUUAUCUUUGUGUAAACAAUAUUAACAGUCUAAAAUCACAGCGACAUGACAUGUGUUUACUUGCCAUCGUGGUGUCCAUGGGUUAAAGAAAGGGAGGGAAUAAUUAUAUUUUGACUAAUAUGUUUUGUAUGCUUACUCAAAUCUAAUGCAAACUAAAUGUGAUAUUAUUGCCUAUUCAUUGUAAGUUAAAAAGUAUAGUAGACAUAGAUUAUACCAUAGGUUGGAAUUAGCUGGUGUUAGGUAAAGUAAGGACUUGAUAUUGAGUAAUGUAGGAAUCUAAGAUUUUAUCUUGAAUUCGAAUUUAAAUCAAAGAAUGAAGCGGAUUUUUAUUACACUUUUUUUUUUUUUUUUUUUUUUUUUUUUUUUUUUUUUUCCCUCGAAAACCUGGCCCAAAGUGCCUACAAUAUUUUUGAAUUGUGGAGAUUACACCUCAGCAUCAAGAAAUCUUUUAUUAAUAAUCCAAAAUCAUAAUGCCCGUUUAGUCAUGAUGAUUCUUGUAAUAGUUGUAUAAAUGAUGUUAAGCUUGUGGUGUCAUCAGUAAAGCAGUGUACUCUUUGUUAUAUAAAUCUUACCUUAUGUAUAAAAGGGGUGUCCACUGGUGGUUAUUUUAAUAAUGUUCAAUAAAAAAAAUAAUAAUUUUAUUGUUAUUUGAGACUUGAGUUUUUUAUGAAUGUAAUUUGUAAAUUUCAUCAGUAACUAAAAUAUUCUCUUUUCUUGAAUUAUACUAAGAAAUUGUCAUUGAAAGUGUGACAAGAUAUAAGUUUUGUAGUAAGCUGGUAAAGUCUAGUGAUUUUGAAUUAUUAUUGUCUGAUAUUCUCCUUAGGAGAAAAAAUAUAUUUAAAAUGUUUAAAGAAAUUAUAUACAUAAGAUAUAAUAAAACAGGAAACCUUG